AUGGGAGGCAGCAGUGGCGGUAGAGAUGGGGUCACAUCAUCUGAGCCCGCCGUGCAGAGAGAAAUCGAAAGGGCAGAGAGGGAGGGCGUGGCAGAAGAAAAGGCAAAGGGGAACGACGAGGAGGAAAAGGAGCUGGCGAGGGUGUACGAGGCUUUUGAUUUUGAUCCGCUCUGGAGCAGACUGAGCGAGGCGCUCACGAGGAUGAAGGGUGAUCCAAACGCAGCUCAGAUCUUGCUGCCCUUGAUCGAGAGUCUCAUGGUCGUGUCUAAGCACGCGGCGUCGUCAGAGCCACCACCUGCUUCAUCCUCGUCGAUGCGAGGCUCGAUGUCGCCCAUGACCGAGCGAGCACCAGCGCCCCGGACGAAGAAGGAGCAAAUGUACGACAACUUCUUCACCUUCACCGAGAGACAUCGAAAGGUGCUCAACUUCAUGGUCCGACAGAACCCGUCGCUCAUGUCGGGUCCUUUCAGUCUCUUGGUCCACAACCCAAAGGUGCUCGACUUCGACAACAAGCGCAAUUUCUUCACCCAACAACUCCACAAAGCUAGACGAGAGCAUUACACUCCGCUGAGCUUGAGUGUGAGGAGGCAGUACGUUUUCUACGACAGCUUCAACUUCUUUGCAAGACACUCGGGGCCCGAGAUCAAGCACGGCAAGCUCACCGUUCGCUUUUACAAUGAGGAGGGUAUCGAUGCCGGAGGCGUAACGAGGGAGUGGUUCCAAGUCCUGGCCAGAGCCAUGUUCAACCCAGACUACGCUCUCUUCCAGCCCUGCGCGGCUGAUCGGACCACGUACCAGCCCAACAGGGCGUCCGCCGUCAACCCCGAUCAUCUGUCGUACUUUAGAUUUGUUGGCAGGGUUAUCGGCAAGGCCAUCUACGAUGGCAGACUUCUCGACGCCUACUUCACCCGAUCCUUCUACAAGCACAUCCUUGGCAAGUCAGUCGACUAUCGGGAUCUAGAGGCCGUCGAUCCAGAAUACUACAAGAGUCUCGAAUGGAUGCUUGAAAACGACAUUACAGACGUGCUAGACCUCAACUUCAGUGUCGAUGCUGAAGAAUUUGGAGAGACCAAAGUCAUCGAGCUAAAGCCGGGGGGCACAAACAUCCCCGUCACGGAGGACAACAAGCAAGAGUACGUCCGCCUCGUCACUGAGCAGCGCUUGACGGCCUCCAUCCAGAAGCAGAUUGACGCCUUCUUGAGCGGCUUCAACGAUGUCAUUCCGCCGGAGCUGAUUCGCAUCUUUUCCGAGCAAGAACUCGAGCUCCUCAUCUCAGGCUUGCCCGACAUCGACGUCAAUGCCUGGAAGAACAACACAGAGCUGCACGGCUACACGGCCUCGGAUCCCGUGGUGCAGUGGUGGUGGCGAGCAGUGCGGAGCUUCGACCAGACGGAGAAGGCAAAGCUUCUUCAGUUCAUCACGGGCACCAGCAAGGUGCCUCUCGAAGGGUUUGCGCACCUGCAGGGCGUGCAAGGCACGCAACGCUUCAACAUUCACAAGGCGUACGGGGCUGAUCGAUUACCAGCUGCGCAUACAUGCUUCAACCAGCUAGAUCUACCCCAGUACGACUCUUACGAGAAGCUCCGCUCACAGCUCCUACUGGCCAUGAACGAGGGCGGCGAAGGCUUCGGCUUUGCCUAG